UGACAUCCAUCACUCACUGACAGAGGGGACCUCACCUCCCACUUCCCUCACACAACCACACAAGAGUCGAGCCUAGGCUCACCAUCAACACCACCACCAUGUCCACCUACGAAGUGGAACACAACACCACCGACCCCUCCGCACACCCGCCCUCCACGCACCGCCACCGCCGCCGGCCCGACCUCUCCACCUUCUUCGCGACCCUCUCCGAGAUCUCCCCGGACGAGACACACACGCGGACCCGCCCCAAUGCCGUCCCCGUGCCCCGCGACAUCAGCGCCGCAUUCUACUCCCUCGCUGAGGCGUUGGACGUGAUGCGCCGGGAUGGACCGAGUCCCAUUACCACCGCCACCGCCACCACCACCACAACCGGAACAACGGGUGCCUCAACGGGAGCUGGAGCAGGAGCAGGCGAAACCGGAGAAGGAGGUGGUGGUGAUGAGGACCUCCUCACACAAAUGAUCCAGUCGCUGCUGGGGUCCGCGGAGAUGCCGCCGCGGGAGGUCGAGGGGACGAGUGAGGAGUUUUGUGACGUGCUCGACCGCAUCCCGCGCUCCAAACUCACCGCGUCGCAAACCUGCCCGAUUUGCAACAACCCCUUCCUGGAGGACGAGUACCCGCUGGUGGUGCGACUGCCGUGCCAUCCGACGCAUCUGUUUGAUCUGGAGUGCGUGAGGCCGUGGCUGCGACUGCGGGGGACGUGUCCGCUCGACCGGACGGAUUUCGCCAAGCAGGAGAGGGAGAAGGCGGAGGCGCGGAAGAAGAAGCCCGUUGAGGAUGAGGAGGAGUGGGAUGGGAUGUAUGGUUGAUUGUAAUUGUGGGAUAUUAGUUAGUGUUAGUGGGUUGGGGGGGGUGGAAUGAAUAUAUGAUAUGAUAUGAUAUGAUAUGAUAUGAUAUGAUAUGAUGUGA